UAGUGAUUGGCAAGUGUCGCUUUGAAACUGACGUCAACAAUUAUUUAGUUUAUCAUUUUCCCCGAUAAAUUGUAAAAAUGUUUACACUGUGGACACUGAUUGAAGCCUCGCUGCUUUGUCUAAAUGCAGUUUGCAUUCUGCACGAAGAGCGUUUUCUGGCCAAGUUUGGCUGGGGACGACAAGCCGGUCAACAGGAUUUCGGAGCGCCCAGCGCCAAGGAUCAAGUCCUAAAUCUUAUUCGAUCGAUCCGCACAGUUGCCAAGAUUCCACUGAUAUUUCUUAACGUAAUAGCGAUUAUAUUUAAACUGUUACUUGGGUAAAACUUAAAUUAUAUUGUAAUAAAUGUACUAAUAAUGGUUUUUGAAAAACUCGCAAUUAUU